AUGGCCACAGUAAAGGAGAGAGCUGCUGCGCUGAGUUUGUCUGGAAAGCUGUGUCUGCGUUCUCCAGGUAAAAACUUUGACAUUUAUUGAUGGAUGUAGUUGUAUGCACGAAUCAACUCCUCAUUAGCCUACAUGCUCGCCAUAUUUUUCUAAAUAACAAUCAAACCAAUGACUCCCAUGUUUUUUUUUCUUCUAAAUAUUACUUUCCCCUCCUAUAGAAGGCCCUCUUAUUUAAUUGAACUGACAGUUUGUUGUCCUGGAAGGAAUUGUGGUCUGCCAACAUCACUGUUGAUCAUGCACUGGCUGCUUACAGUUUAACCAAGGAUAUGGUUAAACCUUUCAAACCUGUUUUGCUUUUUUCUUACUCAUUUUGUAUUACAGGUCAUGGCAUGGUCAAUAAGCCAUUCCAGGCCUCUCCUAUAUGGAGGAGCAUCAUUGCCAACCUCAAGAUGUCAGUGAAGGUGAAGCGAAGGCGCCUUCACCUGAAGUCGCAUAAUGACUGCUUUCUGGGGUCAGAUGCAGUGGACGUGGUGUUGGCCCAUAUAGUCCAGAGCAAGUUCUUUGAAGGUGCUGACAUCUCACGGGACAAGGUGGUGCGUGUUUGCCAGACCCUCCUGGAUUGUAAGGUGUUUGAGACGGUUGGAGCAAAAAUCUUUGGUAAAGAUAAGAAGCAAGAUGUUUUCCAGGACAGCAAGGGUUACCUCUACAGGUUUCUGAACACACAAAUGCCCUCUAUGGAUGAACUUGAAAAAGGAGUCCUUUCUCCUGGUAUUCAAAGCACUUUUUGCAGUGCUUCUUGCAGGUGGUUAUUUGUUUUGAUUCUGUUUCUGCUUUGUAUUUGAGAAGUCUAUGACAUUAUAAUUGGAUGUAGUCUGUUUUUUUUAUUGACUUUGGCUUCAAAUCUUGCAGGCAAGAGGAACAACUCUCUUCACAUGGUACACCUCUGAGAUUCAACCAACUGUUGGAGACAGGCCUGGGAAACCUGAGUCUGAGUCCAAGCAAAGCACACAUUGACUCUCCAUUACCACAGACCUGUAAGUCAUCUACUCUCAUAGUGUAAAGUUGGUAUCAUCUGAUUCAACUACAUCAGGGGUGCUGGUGUUGGGCAAAAACUAAAAUGUGCGGCAUCUCGGUCCCCAGGACUAGUAUUGAACACUAGUUGACAGUCCAUUCCUUUUACUCUGUAGUGGUUGAUGAAGUGUGGCGGGAGGAGACGAUGCUGAGACUGCUGCAGCUGGUAGAGCUCCCUAUGUUGGACAAUCUGUUGGAAAGCGGAGAGGCCUCUCCCCGUCGCAUGGCACAGAGGGACCCAGACUUGAUUUACACCAGCAACUACCUGGACCGUGAGAUCCUGAGGGCCUUCAAGGACUCACAGUAUGUAGUGAUUAAUCAUCGGUCUUACUUGAAUAUCUAAUAUGGAUAUUUCUAACAUGAAUGGAGCUUAUCUCAUGCAGGCCUACGGUGUACAAUAUUCCUGGUGGUGAGCGACAACAGUUUCAGUGGCACAGGAUUAUUUAUUUUCUUCUGUUGAAGGGAGGAUAAUUGGCUUACAGCAGCAUUGGACUGUCUGGAGUUCCUGCCUGACCAGCAGGUGGUAGAGGUGAGCCGUGAGCUGCCCAAGUGUCCAGACGUGGUGGGUGUUGGCCAGGGCCAGCCCUGUUGCUCAGGCUCCGGCACCCAGCAGUGCAAACUGCUGCUGUAUGAUACACUGGUGAAAUACUACGGCCAGCCCGACCGCUCAUCCCUGCUCGCCAACCACAUGUCCGACAUCUACACUGGGGUUACCGAAUUACUAGGUGAGACUGGAGCUAUGACCACUUUAUGUUACUUGGGUCAUGAUUGGCACUGUUUUUAUUAAACUUUUGUUUUACUGUUUCUAGGUCUAUCAUAAGCAAUGUGUAGGGCUGCAUUAACUUGUACUUCUUUUUGCAGUGAAUGCAAAGUUUGAUAAAGCUCUUGAGGCACUGCAGUUGUGUUUGAAGCUUCUGCACCCUCGUAAGCGGGAGGAGCUGCACACAUUGUUGAGCUUCAUGGCUAUGGCUGCAGACCCGCUGGAAAUCAAGCUGGACAAAGAGGUGAAGACCAUGGGGUCAGGGUCAGUUACUGUUAUGGGUCAGUUAUUUCCGUAUGGAGUCAGAGCAUUAUUAUUAAUUUACUUUUUACUCAUUUAGCAGACGCUCUCUCUCCAGAGCAAUUUACAGGAGCAAUUAGGGUUAAGUGCCUUGCUCAAUAUUUUUUUUCAGUCUGCUCUGGGAUUUGAACAUCUGGACAUUCGGUUACUGACCCAACGCUCUUAACUGCUACGCUACCUGCCAGAUCUUGAUUAACCAGAAUCAAAUUGUGCUUCAUUAUGUUGGAAUAACUCAUAUUCUCAUUUUCAGAUUGAGAACAAAAUGGUUGUGAAGAUGGCUUUUUCCAGAGCCGUCAUCCACAACAAAUCUCUAGCCAAAGAGAAAGUGGACCUCCUGGUGCUGUUCAUGCUGGACAAUCGCCAUUACAUUUUUAAGGUAUUCUUGUUUUGUUGGCAGAGCAGUGACUGAUUUUAUUUGGGUCCUUGAAAAGCUAUGUACAGAGUGGACAAAACAUUGUGCUCUUUCUAUGAGACUGACCAGGUGAAUCCAGGUGAAAGCUAUGAUCUCUUACUGAUGUCACUUAUUAAAUCCACUUCAAUCAGUGUAGUCAAGGGAAGGAGACAGGUUAAAGAAGGAUGUUUAAGCCUUGAGACAUGGCUUUUGUAUGUGUGCAAAUUCAGAGGGUGAAUCGGCAAGACAAAAUCUUUAAGUGCCUUUGAACGGGGUAUGGUAGUAGGUGCCAGGUGCACCGGUUUGCGUGUCAACUGCAAAGCUGCUAGGCUUUUCAUGCUCGACAGUUUCCUCUGUAUCAAGAAUGGUCCACUACCCAAAAGAAAUCCAGGCAACUUGACACAACUGUGAAGCAUUGGCGUUGACAUGGGCCAGCAUCCCUGUGGAACGUUUGACACAUUGUAGAGUCCAUUCCCCAAUGAAUUGAGGCUGUUCUGAGGGCUAAAGGAGGGGGGGGGGGGUUGCGUGCACGCACACACAACUCAAUAUUCGAAAGGCGUUAAUGAUUUGUACAGUGUAAAUCCCAUGUAUUUCUUUUUAUUAUUAACACUUGUUAAAAUGCCUUAUGAACGUGCAUGCAUUCAUUACAUUAUUACGUUUGAUACAUGGCUGGCUUGAAACAUUUCUGCCUCAGAUACCAGGAUCUUUGCACAAGCUGGUCAGUGACAAACUUGCCAGAGUUGUGCAAGGGGAACAACCAGAUGUGACAGGUAAAAUAUCUAUCUGGUAGUAGGCUUUGGAGAGUGCUGACCGCCUCGAAUACAUCACUUACAUUUUGUUCUCUCCGUUGUCCUUAGGGUCCACCUUCUGUCAGCAAGUCUCAACAAAGGCUUAUACUGACUGUACUCAAAGAACAACACAUGAAGAGCUGUUGGUGUUACUGAGGAAUAUUAAUGAAGACCCAAAGCACUCUGCCAAAGAGAGGAAACGGCUCCUCAGACAAUUUUACCAAGGCCACCCAGAAAUAUUUGUUCAGUAUUUUGGGGAUUCUAUGUCUGCUGUGGGUGUGUAG